AUGGCUACCGUUUCAGGCGCCUGCGUCAUCUCGAAGGUCUCUGGCCUUGUCCAGAUCCGUGAAGAUACUGCCCCUUCAAAACUCAUGUGGAAGGCUAUCGAUCAGGAUAAGUCUUUGGAGAUUCCAUUGAAUGCCCUUUCGAAACUUCAGACUACGCCUGAAUCGUCUCCCAAGAUGAUCUUGAAGCUCUUCUACUCGGAGCCUCCAAGUACUGAUAUUAAGGAUAUCAGACUUACGUUUAAUAACCGUCAGACGAUGACGUCUGUGAAGGAUGCUCUUCAAACCAUCAUUGCUCGUCAGAAGACCAUCAUCAAAGAUAGCCCUGCGCCUGCUGAGGGCAAAGAAACAGCAACAGCAUCGCCUGCUCCGGGUGAAAAGGACGCCACGUCUACGCCUGAAGGCACACCGGCGCCAGGGAACCCAUUGGACUUCUCCAGCCCCAAGUCUUUAUCUGAUGCUAGUCUUUUGAAGAACCAUAAGCUCCAGCAGAAGCUUUUAUUAGAGGAUAAGAACUUGCGGAAUGUGUUUACACAGUCGGUGAUCAAGUUUAAGCUUUCGCCGAUGAUGUUCUGGUCCAGUAGAAUCAGCCAGCUACGAACAUGUGCGUUGCAGAUUUCCCAGCAUAGAGGUCCUUACAAUGUGCUUUCCACGAUCAAGCCAGUUGCCACGUCUGAUAACCAGGUGAAUGUUAAUGUCACGCGUGUGACCAUUAACGAGAUUUUUGACACUUAUCCCAUCAUCAAGCGGGCUUUUGAUGAGUUGGUGCCUUCCAAGCUUAACGAGGGUGAGUUCUGGUCUCGUUUUUUUAACUCGAAGCUUUUUAGACGUCUUCGAGGCGAUAGAGUGAACACUCAGAAUACCAGAGGCGAUGUGGUUAUCGAUAAGUACCUUUACGACGAUGGGGAGACUCCUGAAGAACCAGCUAAGAAGCAAAAGACUGAUAAAAUCAACACCAAGGAGAACUUCCAAGUGAACAAGUUCCUUGAUCUUUUUGGAAACGAAGAGGAUAAUCCACAGAAGUUGGGUCUUCUGCCUGAUUUCACGAUGAAGUUCUCGGACGAAGGAGACGGCAACGAACCAGGAAUCUCAGUGCAAAAGUCGAAGAGAGAAAACGAAAUGGUCAUUUUGAUGAAGAACAUGAAUAAGCUUUCUAGCAAGAUGGUUGAGAUGAAUUCGCUGAAGGCCAAGGCUACCGAGGAUGCUGACACAGAAGUAAAGGAGCACGAACAAGAGCUCGACUUGAAUGAUUUGAACGAAUCCGAAGAUGUCCAAUUUAUUCAGCUUCAUAUUGACACAGAUAAAGCACGCGGAGUCCAAAAUCAGAGAGAGGCGACACCCGAGGAAGAGAAAGUUGAGAGUGCCGAGCUAGGCCUGUUCUUGACCACCAACAUCUUCACCACAUCUGCAUCAGGCAACGAUUUAAGUGAAACGUACAAAACCAAAACCAACGACAUUGCAAAAGCUGCUACUGAUAUCACUGCACUUGUCAAGUACAACUUCCGUUCAUUUAAAUCUCUUCACAACCUCAAGGACGCCACAAUGCCGCUUGGAGAAAAGCUUCUUCCUGAAGACGUCGUUCUGGAGCUCCUCACAUACAACGUUACGAUUGUGGAGUUCUUGCUGCAUUUCUGGAACCUCUUCCUCAACACAGGAAACCCCAGUCAGCUCAAAAAGCUUUUUACGAACUUGCGAAGCUGCCAAAGCGCCCUUGACGCUCUUGAGCUGAAGAUUUCAGGCAUCAUCAAAGAAAACGCCCAUGUCAAAGACAACGAGAAGCUCCAGCUGAAGUUGUUGAAAGACCUAGAGAACUGUGUACUGCCACUCAAGAACAGUCUCCAGAAAGCGUGCACCGACUACAUUGCAGCCGUGAAAGCGUCUCAAAAAGAAGCAUCUACCGAAAGCGAAACCCCCAACGAAAACGGAAAACGUCCUUUGGAGACAUAA